AGGAGUCCGAGGCGCUCAAGGAUGGCCACAACGACACUCACCCCUGGAGUCUGCCCUGACCUGACCUGACCUGACUUCUCGUGAUGGCGGACAGAGUCCUUCUUUCCCGCCUCACAAUGUUCAUCCUGCACCUCUGGGCGGCCAUUGAGACCGCCUCCACAGCCACCAAGAACAGACCGGACGCCCUGGACGCCCACCACAGCCCCAAGAACUCCCUCACAAAUUUCUUCAAAAGGACCUUCGAUCGACCAGCCUUCGACGAUGACAAAAGCGGGGGGAGCGAGCUAGGUGUCGAUAUAAAAUACGAUUCCUAUGAUUCCGGUGUUAGUGAAGAGAGGCGAGGGGGUGCGUCUGGGACGGCCGACACCCUAGCGUUUGGUCUGUAUAAUGUUAGUAAAGCGGGUGAUGGUACAACUCCCCGCCAGAGACGUAAUGACACCAUAAACAAACAUGGAGACCAGAUUACUCCCAAGGCGGUCAUCUACUGUACUAAUAGUGUGGAGGAAAUUAUAAUUAAUGAAUCAAACACCUUAACUUCCAUUGACGUAAAGAGUUACGAUAACUUUACGAACGUUACUGAUGGUUAUAGUAAUAAUUCUUUCCUUGAAGAAAACGGGAUGAAAAAAAAAGGGAGUUACUAUGAUACAAGAAAUGAUGUCGGUACCAGCAGCUGGCCCUGUGGUGGCCUCCCCACCAUGUCCUCGGCCUGGACGUCAAUCAUCAAGGACAAGGCGCUGCUGUGCGUGGUGAACCAGCACUGGCUGGAGUACGACCCGCCCUCCCACACGAGUCAACUGGCCCUGGCGGUCGUCCAUGUGGUGGUGAUGGUGGUGGGCGUUGUAGGCAACGGCCUUGUUAUUUACCUCUUUAUCAGUUCCCGGGCUCUGAGAACACCCUCCAACCUGUUGAUCCUGAACCUGGCAAUGGGCGACUUCCUGCUGGUGGCGGUUCUCGGCGUCUACGUCUACAACUCACUCAAGGAGGCACCUGUCGCGGGCAAGCUAGGUUGUGAUUUCUACGGUUUCGUGAGCAGUCUGGGGGGUACAGCCUCCAUUAUGUCUCUGGCCGCCAUCUCCUUCGACCGCUAUCUUGUUAUUGCCUAUCCGCUGGACCCCUUCAAGAAAUUCUCAUACAGACAGGUGCUCAGCAUCAUCUUGGUCAGCUGGGUAUACUCCGGAAUCUUCUCUGUUAUUCCUCUCCUGGGCAUUGAGGGCAUCAAUUUUACUCCCGAAGGCUUCCUCACCACCUGCAGCUUCGACUACCUGUCAGAGGUGAUGGGGACGAGGGUGUAUAUCUUCUCCUUCUUCGUGGCGGCCUGGGUACUGCCCCUCACCAUCAUCUCCUUUAGUUACCUCUCCAUCGUCGGUACAGUGUCCAAGCAGGAGCGUCACUGUUACACCUGUCAGGGCACCUUCGCCAACUCCUUCAAGCAUCAGAGCAUCAAAAGAAAGAAAAACGUUGAGGUGAAACUAGCCAAGGUGGCGUCAGGAAUCAUCGGGCUGUGGGUGGUGGCGUGGACUCCCUACGCUGUGGUGGCGCUGCUGGGGAUCUUCAGCCAGAAGGCAAUCAUCACCCCCUUUGUGUCCAUGAUCCCCGCCCUCUUCUGCAAGACGGCCGCCUGUCUGGACCCCUACGUCUACGCUCUCUCCCACCCUCGCUUCAAGAACGAGUUGAGGAAGCGUAUGUUGCUGUGCCGCCCCAAGUUCCUGAACGGGCUGAGGAAUGUGGCCGCCCAGGGCUUCUCCGUCAGCACCUUCAGCGAGAUACGGGAGGAACGUGAGCUCUCUGAUGUCCAGGGCUGGGACACCAAUGACCCCUCCUUCAGUUCCCUGGGUCCACUCCUCCAGAAGAAUGUCUCCUACUCCAGCCACCCGACCGUGAGCGACAGGAGACGCAGCAAAGCUUCCAUUAACUCCCCGGGCAGCAAGAGUCUAAUAUCUCCUACAGGGACGGAGAUCUACCCCAGGAGCACCAUCUCCACCUAUAGCUUCAGGAAGACGUCGAGGUCCUUCAAAGACAGGAGAGACACGCUGGAGAAGAGCAGGAAACUUGAUCAGAUGACAGAGCUUCAGACGACGGUACUGAUCGAGUUCCCCCGCGGUGGGAUCCCAAAGGCGCCGUUCUCUCACAGCUGCUCCUUCGGGAACGGCGUAGAGGAGCUGAGUAAAAAACACUCUCAGAAUCCAGCAAGAGUUUGGCGGUCCUCUCAGCUGUUGAAGGAGGACAGUACUAAGGCUGUGUGUCCCAAUAACAACAGCACAGAGGAGCAUUAUCGGGAUGAGAGCGAUGUCCCUAAACUGAGUGAGGGCAAUAAAGUCGAUUAUAGAAGUUAUUUACCCAUAACUCUCUUGUCCAUACCACCUGUGUCUAGUGCCUGCCGCCUCAGUAUGGUCAGAGCUAAGGGUCGCAGCAACAGCCUCCCCAAUAUGACUCAGAGUAAUGGGGACAAGAAAGAAGACGGCGGCAAAUUCCCCAAAAAUGUUUUAUUGCAGUUGUUUUAUGGUAAAUUACUUUACAAUGGUCGUAAAAAUAAGAGUCAUUCUUCCCUUUAUCAAGACGAGAGACGACUGGGGAAUGUGUGAGGCUGAGAGAGAGAGAGAGAGAGAGAGAGAGAGAGAGAGAGAGAGAGAGAGAGAGAGAGAGAGAGAGAGAGAGAGAGACUUAUGUACUGCUGAGUCAUCAAAUGUUUACAUCAGGGUAUAACAAGUUUUCCGUUUAGUGACUUAAGGGUUUAUAGAGUAAAAUAUUGUCUUUAUAUAAGUAGGUAUUCAUAGACAUUUCAUCUUGAGAUUUUUUACUAAAGUGAUUUUUUAUUAAGGAAUGUAUUUUUUAUCAUACUGUACAAGGAGUAUAUUAGAAAGUAUUAUAACACUAGAAGGGAGAAAAUAAAAUAUAACUUUCAUAUCAUAGUAUCAUAGAGACAGAAUAUAUUGGGUAUAGCGUUAGUGUGUGUCAUUCCACUAGGUAUGGUUAAGUGACUCUGUAUAACUUUAUAAUGAGAUAUUUUCCACACGUUUGUAUUAUAGAGAGUUAUAGCCAAACACCGAUGACACAAGUGUGAAGCUCAAUUAUAGAAAGAAACAACAUAUUAGAAUUGGUUGUUUAUUAUCUAAGUCAAGCCCCCCCCCCCACUAGUAGAGAUAAGUGUUAUUUAAAACUAUACCCACUAGAGAUUAAUGUGUGUAUAUAUAUAUAUGUGAUAUUACGUCAGAUCUAUAAUGGUAGACAGAUGAAUAUUUAUGGACAGACAAUACGAUAGCCACAUUCAAUAUUAAAAUUAAGAAAGUUACCCCCCAACCCACC